AUGGCUUCAAAGAGAAAAGCGCGGUUAUCAGACGAUGGAGCACGAAUUCUCAACAAAAUGAGCAAGGAGAGUGAUAAUCCGCCUUUGUUAUCUAAACGAAAGAUUACCCAGGCUUGUAAACAAUUGGAAAGAGUGAUCAAUUACAAAGUUUAUGGAAAUUUCAGCUUUAGAAUGCAGAACGUUCACUCAUUUCUUGAAGAAAGGAUGCGUCGUGCCAAUAUUGAGGAUAAGAACUUAGUGUGGUAUUUGGAUAAAGGGCGAGGACGGGUGGUGUCUACUGUUGGCUUAGUGGGAAGUUCAACAACUCAGUCACACUACAACCAGACAAUUUUGCCGACAUGGGAAGGAAGUGACCACUAUGAUGCUCUUGCUUAUCAUGAUGUCGGAAAAUUCUACAAAGAACUGAGCAUGGAUAACUACAAGAUUACGUUGGAGGCGACUACUCUUUUUUGGCAACCAUAAAUGGAUUUAGUUGUGGAAUGGCCUAUCCUUGCACAUGGUGCUCAAAGAAGUUCAUAAAGAGGUCGAACAGCGAAGAAUCCAUCGACCUUGAAGUUUAUGAAUCCAGAUCCGACAAAAGAGUAGAAGAAGCGAUUGCAAGGGACAAAAAACUAAAGAAGAGGAAAGAGAAGAUAGUUGACAUACCUGAGGAAAUGAUUGUACCUCCAAUUCUUCACAGUAAAAAUUAAAAUUGGAAAUUUAUUGUUUAAUAAAUUAUGUGAAGCAGCUGAUGACCAAGAACGCUUUAAUGUAGUUCUAAAGCAGUGCCAGCUAGACGUUGAUCGCCAUGUUGAGAAGAUCAUUUACAUCCGCUUUCACGGAAACGAUAUCAAGAGGAUGUGCACUUCAAUUGAUGCAUUAUCAAGUGAGUUAUUCAUAUUAUUGAUUAUAAUGAACUUUUUAGAAGUUUCCACAUCAGAAGGCUACCAGCAGGUCAUUAAAGCUAUGGAUGUCUUCAAUGAAUGGUCGAAAAUCGUAUCAUCAACAAAGAAAAACCUAUCGGAUAAAGAAUUGAUGGUCCUUUACUGUCGAAAUAGUGAACAUCUAGGCGAACAGUGUUGCCAAACGAUAAAACUGGCUCGAUGUCUCGAUGUCGUUGGCGGAGCAUCAAAACGUGCGUUAGUACACAUCGUACUAAUGCAUUUAGGACCUUUUGAAUGGGAUCACAAGAUGAUUGGAGCUCUGGCAGAAGAAGACAUUGAAGCUGUUCAUUGCAGAUUUGCUGAAGAAAUGAAGAGACAUGGUUACAACAAAGUGGGAAAAGUUCAGAACAGCUUAAAAUGGAAAGCAAUUGACACUUUGAUGUUUGGCAAAGGCUAUAUGUAACAAUUUGUGCCAUUAUUUAAUAUGAAUGUUUGAUUAUUUACUUUCUUUAAAUCUCAUUGUAAUAAAAUCUCACUUGGUUGAAAUUUAUAUGAAUUUGACUUUUUUUUGGAUACUUGAGUUAACUUGUUUAUGCUUAAAAUAAGCUUAAAAUGUCCACAACAUAUAUAAAAGUAAUUUUAAGAUUUAAUUUUAACGUUUAAAUCUAGAAGUUUAGAAAAAUGUAUAUUACACUUGAUAUUUGAUGUCUUUUUUAGUUUUUUUGGAACUACUUUUUUAUCUUGCUACAGAUUACCGCAAUAUUUUAAAACUGAGCUUGUUAAGCAUAUUCAAAAACUUUGUAUAGAAAGUUUUUUCAAUUUCCUAGAAAAAAAUUUUGUACCUGCAGUGUAAUAGUACCGUACCCAUCUUUCAGUGGUUCCACCAAAAGCGUGCAAGCACGGUGAAGUCUACAUCAAGCUCUUCUGGUGCGACCUAAGGCCACCAGCUACAAUUCCGAAUGACAUUGAAUGGCUAACAGCUAACAAAACCGUCCAUACCUUGUUGUUAAUGGCAUUUGUAGACAAUGUUAGAGAACUACCCUACCCCAAGGCCAACCUCGAACCAUCACCCAUACUUGACUUCACCAUUGGAAAUAAGACACAAAGAACGCCGGUCAAAGUGAAAACGGUCAAUCCUGUGUAUCAGUUCAAAUGCUACUUCUUUGUUCAGAAUUCGGAGGUCAAGGAGUUGACUAUCAAGGUAGGGGUUGUUACUUAAAAUUUUAUUUUUGUUAUUUAAAAUGGUUCUUUUGUGACAAAAAAUGGUACUUUUGUUACCUAAAAUUUUUUUUAUUUAAAGCGGUACUAUUGGUCCAAAACGUUGCUUUUGUUACCUAAAACGUUAUUUUUGCGCGUUUCCUUAUCUAAAAUGAUACAUUUUGAACCGAAAAUGAUAUUUUGUUACCUAAAAUUAAAAACUUGUAGGCAAUUGACUCAACAACAAGCAAGCUAUUGGGAGAGCUGAGCAUUUCCCUAGGUUAUCUCAUGGAACAACUGGAUAUGGAAGUGUUUGACAAAGUGUUUCAACUCAGGCAGGAUGUCAGGGCCAUUCAUGUCACACUGACUUUGAGGGCGAGGGUAAGUUGUUUUGUAAUCUUGUGUCCUAAAAUGGUACUGGUAGCACCUCAAAUUGUAAGUUUGUUACCUAAACUAGUAAUAUUUAUCUAAUAUGGUACUUUUAUAACUAUUCAACCAAGAUAGAUAAAACCAAAUGCUUUUAA